UGACCUGUCAGCACCAGGUGAGGCUGAAUGCCAAUCAGUGAGUUCACCUGGGCAGAGCUGGGGAAGACAAAAAGGGGGGAAAAAGGCCAACAAGAAACAUACAGCCGGAACAUAACUGUUAGGGUGACAAUAAAGUCCUUUUUUACCUGGACAUGUCCUCUUUUUGGGGGGCUGUCUGGGCUGUCUUGGUGAGUCUGGGGAAAUUUAUAAAAUCCUUCAAAUGUUCACGGUUUUUGUACGCAAGUUUUGAUUUUGUGUCGCAUGGACUUACUGAGUUAGAAGUGCAUAAAAGACACUCGAUCGGACCUGAAAGACUCUCAAAAUUAACUUUGUGCGACUCUGCAACCCUGUGUCCUCUUUUUGGGAAGUCAGAAUAUGCCCUCAAAAAAAUAUAUACUGAUACUGUGCAAAUAAUAAGCAUACAGUAAUAUUGUACAUUUAUUGUGGUCUUCUGUUCCACAGGUGGACACACAUCAUGGAAAGGGGGAGAGAUGAAGAAGAAGGAGCAGACUGCUAGCAAGCUACCUGUAGUAAGCCCUCUGAGAGAAAGGAUUUGGCACAUUUAAAAACUGACAUUCAGAUUCAUUUUGGAUCCAAAAAAAUAAAACAAAUCAAUUUUUACCAGUUUGUACCACUUCAUUAAAUCAUUCAUUAAGUCUUCAGUUAAAUAAGUCUUAAAUCUUGUACUUCUUAAUCUUAAUCAUUCGUUUGACAGUUUUGUUGUAGUUCUGUAAGUUAUGGUUCAACAACUGUAGUAUACUUCGAAAUAAAAGCAUUGUUUGACCAGCCAGGAAAUAAAGCAAGAUAAAUGUGAAAGAACAAAAUAAAAGCAUGACAAAUGUUUAUGAGGUAAUGUCUUUUCUAAAGAAGUUUCAAUCACAGGGCUGAAAUUAUGGUUAAGUCUUGAAUUUAAACGGGUAGAGUAAAGUUUAUUGAUUGAUUGAUUGAUAUGCCUUUAUUAAAAUUCCCAUUUCACUUCAUGAGUUUCAGUUUAUGAAGCAUUGUGUGGCUCCAUCCUUGCCUUACUUUUCCUCAGUUUGACUUGUUUGUUGUUUUAUGUUAAAGUUUUUCAUGAUGAUAUUGUAAUUGUGAAGUGUCACUCUAAUAUUGUGACAGCCUAGCUCAUAUAUUGAUACGUGUGUCUUCUGUUUGAAACACAUUGUGGGGAUCCAAACUUGUGGGCUUAGUAGUGGGUCCCCCAACGGAGUUUGUGUGUACAUGACUAAUGUGCACGUGGAGAAGGAGAGAAAGAGUGAGGAGGUAAGAGAAAGCACCAGAACAAGGUGGAGGCAGGGAGAUGAGUCCAAUGUUUCGCAGCUGUCCUACGUCACCACAAACUCAUGACAGACAGCAGCAACUGGGGGCCAAAAAUAACCCUCAGAGACUAAGCCUCUACCAAUUCAUGGUGGGGGUGGGGGGUCUUUCAGCAGUUUAAAUGUGAAAAAAAGAAAAAGUGUGUCCAAAUGAACAAAAAUAUCAGUAAAAACAAACUCCAGUUUCAGUGAUAUGUCUCUCCAACAAGCUCUUAGUUUUACUGGAUGUGUCAUUUUUCAAUGGGACAUUCUAUUUCUCAGGGGACUAUGGGACAUGUCUCCACCAACCCCAUUAUCUGAGCCCCUUGGUACAGUUCAAGAGGUGGAGGGCUAUUUUAGUACCUCGAGUGUGGAAUGUGCAUUUGUCCCUGAAGCACACAAAGGACACAGAUCAGUCUACAAGUUCCUCAAGUACCCUAACUCUGUAUUUAGCUUCUCGUACGACUGAAACACCACCCCAUCUCAUCCGUACUACCCUGUUUCACUCCUCACCAGCUUCUCACUGCAGCUUCUGAACCAUGGAGAACGUGGCAAUAUUUGACUCACCUGGAAAGGGGAGAGGUCUUAAAGCUACGAAGGAGUUUUGGGCUGGAGAUGUCAUCUUUUCUGAGCCAAGUAUCUCUGCUGUUGUGUUUGACAGGUACAGUAAUGACGCUACCUUGUAUGUGUAUUCUUAGUGGUGUGACAUGUGCUCAGACUUAUGAGUGUCAGGAUAUCUUGGAAGAAUGGGGAUCGCACAGUUUUUGAAAACCAUUACCUAUGUUUAGUAUUUAGCAAAUUAAGUAGUCUUUGUCAGGUUUUCCAUAUCAAAAAGCCAUUACUACUGUCACUCAACAGCUUUAUUUCUGUCUCUUCAGUGGUGAGAAAAGGAAAAUUCUUGCUGAGUGUACUGACACUUAACUAACAGCAAUUUUAGCAAGGAUAGUUCAUGCUAACAGUUCUAUUUGGUAUAAUAAGUACUGCCACUUUGCUAACAUUGUUAGCUGGGAUAUUUGAAUGCCAAUAUUUGAUGUAAUUUUUUAGCUGUAAAAACAGAGAUAACUAUGUUUUUUCUCCCUAAGUGUGGCUCAAUGAGGUGACUUUUUUUUGCUGUCAACACUCUUUUAUCAGUUGCUAUAAAUGAAUGAAUGAAAAUCUAAUGAUAGCUAGUUAUUCUUUGGGGGAAAAUGGUUGCUGUGAGGAAAUAUUGAGUAAAUCACGAUUAAAUUCUUGUCACAUGUAUGCUAUUUCAUAUAGAUAACUGUUCUUUAGAUGUAAAAAUGGCAUCCUUGGGGGAUCAAAUCUGAGAAAAAGCAUAAACUACUAUCUAUGCUCCUUAUUGUAUUCUAUAUAUGAAUACAAUUUUACCUCUAGAACAAUUAUUUUCAGGUCAAAAUUGACUAAUUUGCUUUGCUGAGAUGCUGAUUAGGAAUGCUGAACUCGAAACAUUUUGCCAUGGUAUGCUAUGACUUUGGCUAUGUUCACACUGCAGGUUAUGAUGCACAAUUCGGAUUUUUUUGUUAAAUCUGAUCGUGCGGUCAUUCACAUUACAACAACAAAUGCGGCAUCUAAUGUGAACGGAAUGCGUCCGUGAAGUGACCCGCAUGCGCACAAAGCACAAAUUGCUUUCUGCGCCUGUUUGUGUUUUCAAACAAUGGUGAUGUUUGUCGCAUAUUGAUGGCAUAUAGGUCAGAUGAACGCGACCUGAGCGUCCACACUGCAGUCACAUUGGAUACAUAUCCGUUUUAUAUCCAUAUACUAAAGAGGCCUGGGUUGAACAGUGCAAUUCUGAUUGUUCACACUUACAUGAAAAAAUCAGAUAUGUGUCACAUAUGGUCAAAAAAUCGUUAUUGACCUCCAAGUGUGAACAUAGCCUAAAUCUUGCCAGUAACAAAUCCAAAAAAGCUGCAUCUUCCACAAGUUAAGUAAGGUCAAAAUAUUUAUUGAUCAACGUCAUUACUGUGGUGGAAUGAUCAGAUGAUCAAAUAGUUGCUUUUCUGUCUUCUCUUGAUCUGCAGUUUGGGAGAGCGGAUCUGCCACAGCUGUUUCCGCAGAGGGGACAAACUACAGAGGUGCGGUCAGUGCAAGUUUGCCCAUUAUUGUGACCGAACCUGCCAACGUGCCGGCUGGGCUGAACACAAACUCGAAUGUUCUUCCAUCAAAGCAUACGGCAAAGUACCCAAUGAAAACAUCCGGUAAGUUGGAGUAAAUCGAUAUCAAAUGUGUAGUUAAAUUUGUCUCAAGAUAACAUAUGUCUGAUCUUUUCAUGUUUUCUACUUCAUUGUUGUGUUUGUUGCGGUCAGUUUGGUGGCCCGCCUCAUGUGGCGCCUAGACAAGGAGGGAAGCAUGGUAUCUGACAUGCAGCUGACCACGCUGGAUGAGCUGGAGGACCACGUUGCUGACAUGCAGGAGGAUGAGUUAAAGGAGUUUAAAGUGGACAUCCACAACUUCCUGGACUACUGGCCAAGAACCAGCAAGCAGCACACAAUCGAUGACAUCUCACAUAUCUUUGGGGUGGUGGGUUUGCAUGUUUUAUCCAUUCAUUGGCCUUUUUUCAUUAUUUUACUAUUUUGCUUGGUUAUAAAUGUAAAAUCAUCUUAUAAUGAGGUGAAAUGAUUCAGAGACUAAUAUGGAUAAAAUGAGCUCAAACUGUAGAAUUUAACGUCCAUAACUGAAGGAUGGGUGGCACACACACAACAUGCUGGCAACAACUGCAACUCAGAAAUUCUGACUCAGGUACCAGUAACAAAAAUACACAUGAAGUCAAAACCCAGGUGAUAAUGAAACAGACAAAAACAGAGACAGAAAUUUGGGCAAAAACAACAAAAGAUGUUUCUGAUUUCAUAAGCUGUUUAGUCUAGAGGUAUCAUUGGUCACUCUAAUGUCUCUCCAGAUGCGUCCUUUGACCCUUAUGGACACACAUGAAACGAUAGAUGAUCAUGUCCUAAAAUGUCCUUUUAUUUCUCCCAGGUUAAUUGUAAUGGCUUUAGUGUGAGCGACCAGAGAGGCCUUCAGGCAGUCGGUGUCGGCCUCUUCCCUAACCUGUGUCUUGUGAAUCAUAACUGCUGGCCAAACUGCACUGUGAUCCUCAACCACGGCAAGUACGUAAAAAACCAUGACAGUUCAUAGAGGAAUGUAGUCUUCAGUGACGUCUUCCCCUUUAAAGUUUUCCACUGAAAGACUCUAACUUGAUUAAACAAAAUUAAAAUGUUGAGUGUUCUGAGAGUUUCAUGUGCUGCUGUGUAUUUUGUGUGAUCGUGUGUAUGUGUGAGUGUGUAUGUGUGCGUGUUAGGUAGCAUUUGGUGUAAAACUGCUUCCUGUUUGUCUUUCAGUCAAUCGGCUGUGAAUACUAUGUUUCAUUCUCAACGUAGGUGCGUUACCUCAACCUGAGCCUUUUUUAACAGUUCUUUUUUUAGAGCAUCAUUAAGACUUUGACUUAAAACGCUUAAUCAACACAUAUUUAACCGCCAUCCUUCAUCCGACUUCAUCCUCUGGAGGAGAUAAGUCUCUGUCAGUAGUGCUGUGUAGUUUGCACCGUAGACUUGAUGCGACUCCAUUUUCACAUCAACAUGAAUGCUCUAACAUUCAUCAAGCUUUUUUUUAGUAUAACCAAAGGCUGGUUCUGGUUUGUCUUCACCUGCUGGUAUCUCAUAUUUAAACCUCUUCUUAUUUUAGACGUGUUUGUCAUGUCCACACAAAGUUCUACACACCUGUUGUUGCUUUUGUGUGUUAUCACAGUGCGUGUGAGUCCAUCCUGCCAACACAGAUUGCUUAGUCCACCUUAGCCCACCUCUAACAUCUUACAACCAUUUAAAUUAACACAUUUCCAUAACAUUAACAACCAUAAUUAUUUCAUGUUCAAGCCUUUCACCAUCAUUUUGAUUUGAUAUUUCCAUAAAAGUUGUUUAGUAUAUGAGAAGUUUGCACAAUGUUGAGGGGAAAUAAAGUGAAUCUAAUGACAAAAUUGACAAAAAAAAAACAGGAAAUUAAAAAAAUAAACAGACAAAGGUUUUUCAAACAUGCAGAAUAUUUAAAGUUUUCUGUGUUCUACAUAACAUACAAGCAGGUAACAUUCAUAUAUUCAGCAGUUUUACAUUCACCAUCAGUCAAAUAAACUCUGGCUUAAUUGUGAAAUAAUUACUCUGAUAUUUUAGGGUAUUUACUCUACAAUAUUUGAACUGGAUUGACUGAACUGAUGAUGGAACAGGGUUUUACCAUCAAUCAAGUCCAUGAAUUAAAUCAACAUGUGCAUCUCAGCUUCUAUUUAACUGUCUUUUUUUUCCCCUAGGAUUGAGCUGCGCUCCCUCGGUAAAAUCGAAGAAGGAGAGGAGCUGACAGUUUCUUACGUGGACUACUUGAAUUUGUCCGAGGAGAGACAAAGACUGCUGAAAACACAGUACUUUUUUGACUGCACAUGCGAGCACUGCAAGAACCGAACCAAAGACGACCUGAAGCUGGCAGGGAAAGAGGUGGACGGGGUCAAGGUUUGUGUGCAUUUGCGUGUUCAUGGUAAAGAUGCAGGGAGAUUAAAGUUUUAUUCUGCAAGAGGCGACAAAGACUGAGGCCUGCUGCUGCUUCUAGUCCUGACAACAUGAGUGAUACAGACAGAGGGAAACAUGAGGAGUGGAGCUGUGGGGACUAUUUUAGGUAUAAGAUAACUCCCAGUGGAUUCAGCUUCAUGAGUCUGUAUGUGCUAUCAAUCACAUGUACAAUUUUUACAAUUUAGUGAAGUGUAAAAUACACUCAAAGAAAGUUUAUUCAGUGUAUGAUAACAACAGUUUUUUUUGUUCUUUUACCAGAAACUGAAAUUGUGUAUUUACUUUGAUAAAAUUGUUAAUCAUUUAAAAGGAUCCCCAUUAGCUGUGACAAGCUGUCAGUCUCUUACCACCAAACUUCUUGAUAUUCACCUCUGGAUACCCUUGGAGGCUAAAGUCAGUGUGGGAGACUGUAAAAUGUGCUGGCCUUGGAUUAUAUGACUUGAUAUCUCGAUCUUUGACACUUGAGGCGUUCCAUUUAUUUCAAGGCAAAGGUUACAAGUCUGCUUUGUGUGUGUGUGUCUAAUAGAGCAGAUUAUCUUUGUGGGUUAGGAGUUAUAAAUAACCAGUGUCAAAGACUACUGGCAGUAAAAUUGUAAUGGGAGUGUAUCAUAAAAUUUUGUAGCUGUUGAAAAGUUAGCCAAACCAUUAGGAGAUUUCUUAUUUGACUAAAAAAUUUAAUGAGACAAACCCAAAAAUCUGAAUAUGGACAUUCCAGGAAAUCAUUUUCGCCAAAAGACAGAAAUUCAAGCCUUCUUCCAAAAGAAAAAUAACCAAUAUAUUCACAAUAUAUUUGUGGUUGCUCACUGAAAGAGGACAGUUCGUUGCAAUUUGUAGUCCCAACACUAGAUGCCAUCAAAUCCUGCUUCUUCUGAGUGAAGAAUAAUCAAGCAUUCAGCUUUGAGGAGAGCAAAACAGGACUAGAAAUAUACCUAGGAGAGCAUAUUUUUAGAUUUGUUUCAGUGUCUUUGUGUUCAUAUCUGAAAAAUGUGAUUUACUACCUUAGAUUUUAACACCAUCUCAUCUUUGUUUCAGCCAUCUGAGGAACAAGUGAAAGAGGCGACAGAUCAUUGCUAUGAAAUACUGGAAAAGAUGGACCAGGCUCGACUAAAAGGCGACUACCAUGAGGUAUCAAGGCACCUCUUACGUCAAAUCAAGCCCAUAAAGCAGCUCCAGAGUUAUUUUUUAAUUAAAACUCAUUACUCAAAGUUAUUUCCCUUUCUUACCAAAACUCUCCUUAUUCUUAGUUUUUGUCUUAACAUUCUUUUUUGUAACAACCUAAGGUGGUAAAAAUCUGCAAGGCGUGCAUAGAGAAAGUAGAGCCAAUUUUGGCCGACACACACAUCUACCUACUGAGGAUCUGGAGCACACUGAGUGAGGUGCAAGCUUACUUGCAGUACUUCAAUGACGCUGCAGACUACGCCCGAAAAAUGGUGGAUGGAUACAUGUGAGUACACAGAUGUUACGAGAGCUCCUAGCACAUCAUGUCCUUUUCAGUAAUUACCUCACUUUGCACUAAGAGCACAAAAACAUUAAUGGAAAAGAUGUAAAUGAUUGUUGAAUGAAUUUAACUUUUCCCCUGCCAGAAAACUGUACAACCCAAACAAUGCAGCUCUGGGAAUGGCAGCCAUGAGAGCAGGAGUGACUCACUGGCAGGCUGGGGAGAUCGAGGUUGGCCAUGGGAUGAUCUGCAAAGCCUACUCUAUUCUCAUGGUCACUCAUGGCCCAACACAUCCUAUCACCAAGGACCUCGAGGUAAAGACUUUGUCCCCUGAAAAGCUGCACAAAAUACUGCAAUGGUCAGAUUGCUCAGUUUGGAUGCAAAUUAAAUAAGUACAACAGAAAUUUAUCAUUGCAGCAUGGAAGCUGAUAGGAUUAAUAUUUUUACUACACCAAUCAAUGAAAUGAUGGUGUAAAAACAAAGUGUGAAUCAUUUAUGUUAGAGAGCUGUUACCCAAGUCUGGAUCUUUUAUGCAUUUAUGAAGCUUUAAAGUGAGCUCUGGCUUGUUGUUCAGCAUUGUAACCUAUAUCUUUCCUACUUUUUAUUAUUCAAAUUUUGUCACAUAGGCAUCAGGCAGCUUUUUUUCAGCAGAGAGGCUUUAAAAAAAACUAAUUCCUACUUUCCAAGGACCAAAAUGCAGACAUGCAACAAGCCGGCAUGUGUAGUGGUACAUUAAGUGGAUUGAACGUUUUGCAAAUAUUGUCCUUAGGUAAAGAGCAAUACAGCGAUAAAAGAUAUUAAAUUGUGGAAUGACAGUUAUGUCACGUUGCCCGGUGACUGCUGGAUGUGUAAACAGCUAAGUGUUUCCUUUGAAGUUCAUUUCAUAAAGUUUAAUGCUCAUAUCUAGUUUUGCUGUUCUAUAGAUUAGGUGUAGGUUUAGUGUCACUAGUACGCUGGAGCCUAUCCGAGCUGUCAUUGGGUGAGAGGCAGGGUAGACCUUUGACAGAUCACCAGACACACUUACUCUUACAAGCAACUCAGAGUGACCAGUUAACCCAACAAACCGGGGUUUACACAUUUCUACCCUCUCUCCACAGGCGAUGCGUAUGCAGACAGAGAUGGAGCUGAGGAUGUUCAAACAGAAUGAAUAUGUUUACCACAGUAUGAGAGAGGCGGCUCUCAAGAACAAACCCAUGACCAUGAUGCACGAACCAAAGAACGUGGAGGAGGGAAUCAAGAACAUGUUCCACCGCAAGAAGUAAUCUGGAGUCACCAAAACACCAAAGAAAACCAUCCUAAUGUUUACCAUUCACAGAUCAGUGCUGGUGUGAGAGGCUGAACAUUUAGUCACAUGGACAUUUUCUGUACCACUCACUUUUGUAGUUAUGCUUUUCAUUAAAAAGAUGUCACGUCAAACUUGAGAAUCUUGUUUUCAGUACUCA